AUGGAAGCACUUAUACCAGUUAUUAAUAAGUUACAAGAUGUUUUCAACACAGUUGGAGCCGAUGCCAUCCAAUUACCUCAAAUCAUAGUUUUAGGAACUCAGAGCUCUGGUAAGAGUUCUGUCAUAGAAAGCCUAGUGGGGCGUUCAUUCCUGCCUCGGGGACCAGGGAUUGUGACACGACGUCCUUUGGUUCUGCAAUUGGUCUACAGUCCCAAGGAAAGCAAAGAGCACCGCUCAGCUGAAGAAGGAACUGUAAAUUUAGAAGAAUGGGGCAAAUUCCUCCACACCAAAGACAAAAUCUACUCAGAUUUCGAUGCUAUCAGACAAGAAAUAGAGCGAGAAACCGACCGCAUGGCAGGUAGCAAUAAAGGAAUCUGCCCUGAACCCAUAAGCCUCAAAAUAUUUUCAACAAGAGUUGUAAAUCUCACUUUGGUAGAUCUUCCUGGUAUUACAAAGGUACCGAUAGGCGAUCAACCCGAAGAUAUUGAAAAUCAAAUUAGGAAUCUUAUAAUCAAGUACAUCGGCAACCCAAAUUCCAUAAUAUUAGCUGUGACUGCUGCCAACACAGAUAUGGCCACAAGUGAAGCUAUUAAAAUGUCCAAAGAAGUGGAUCCAGACGGCAGAAGAACUCUCGCAGUAGUCACAAAACUUGAUCUCAUGGACGCGGGAACUGAUGCCAUAGAUAUCCUCUGUGGUCGCGUCAUUCCAGUAAAACUUGGCAUAAUCGGAGUCGUAAACAGAUCACAGCAAGAUAUUAUUGAUAACAAGGCUAUAGGGGAUGCACUCAAAGAUGAGGCCACGUAUCUCCAACGGAAGUAUCCUACGAUCGCUACACGUAACGGUACUCCGUACUUGGCCAAAACCUUGAACAGGCUGCUCAUGCACCAUAUAAGGGACUGUCUUCCGGAACUAAAGGUUCGAGUCAACGUCAUGAUCUCUCAGUUUCAAUCUCUGCUCAACUCUUAUGGUGAAGAUGUGUCGGACAAGUCUCAGACAUUACUACAGAUUAUAACGAAAUUCGCAAGCGCAUACUGUUCCACUAUUGAGGGAACUGCCAGAAACAUUGAGACUACAGAAUUAUGUGGAGGCGCCAGAAUAUGUUACAUAUUUCAUGAGACUUUCGGUCGCACCUUGGAUUCUAUACAUCCUCUUGUUGGUUUGACGCGCAUGGAUAUUUUGACUGCAAUACGAAACGCGACGGGUCCAAGACCAGCCUUGUUUGUUCCUGAAGUGUCGUUUGAACUACUAGUUAAGCGCCAAAUCAGAAGAUUGGAAGAUCCGUCAUUACGUUGUGUUGAAUUGGUACAUGAAGAAAUGCAGCGUAUAGUGCAGCACUGUGGUACAGAGGUGCAGCAAGAAAUGUUGCGGUUCCCGCGCCUGCACCAGCGGAUCGUUGACGUAGUCACACAACUGCUACGGACACGUCUGCCUGCAACCAACUCUAUGGUGGAGAAUAUAGUGGCGAUCGAGUUGGCGUACAUAAACACAAAGCAUCCCGACUUCCACCGUGAGGCUGCCCUAGUGUCCGGACUGUUGAAGAGCACCGACGGGAUUAUAGAAGACCACAGUCCGGUGUACAGACAGAAGACGCCGAGACCUACAUCUUCACCGCAUGUCCCUGCAAUAACAGACGGGCAAGACAAAUCACCUCCUCAAUCAGCUAAAAGUGAAUCUCCAAAUACACCUCAGAUGAAUGGAACACCAGAGAACUUAAAAGUGCUAACUCCCCAGAAGCCAGUAAACCUACUGCCCGAAGUGCCGAGCCAACACUCGCGCAAACUGUCCGAUCGCGAACAACACGACUGUGAUGUAAUCGAACGACUGAUCAAGUCGUACUUCUACAUAGUACGCAAAUCCAUCCAGGACUCAGUACCGAAGGCUGUCAUGCAUUUCCUUGUGAAUUAUGUGAAAGAUAAUCUGCAGUCCGAGCUCGUAACUCACUUGUACAAGUCUGACCAAGCGGAGAGUAUGUUGAACGAGUCAGAACACAUCGCCCAAAGAAGGAAGGAAGCUGGCGAUAUGCUUAAGGCAUUGCAACGUGCUGGGCAGAUCAUCAGUGAAAUCCGAGAGACGCAUAUGUGGUGA